AUGAAUACAACAAGUGAUAUAAUGGACUCCUCAAGGCUAUGUUAUGAAGGCGACUUUAAUACACAAGUAAAGAAUGUAUUGAGCCAUGUUAGAAUGACAGCCACAGAGGUCCGCAAUCUGCGAAACUUAUUUGUAGAUUUAGAAUUAGCAUUACAAGAUUUAGCUCCAGGUCUACAAGUCCAUCCAUUUGGCUCAAUAGUCACUGGUCUGGGGAUAAGAACCAGUGAUGUAGACUGCUUCAUAGAACUACCACACGGGAUGAAACCAAACGAUAGGCAUGUUAUGCGCGCUAGGAACAUUCUCAGGCGACACUAUUUAAAAUUCGGCAAUCCCUUUGCCAUUAUAAACGCCACAGUACCCAUUGUGAAGUUUCUACAUGUACCGACAAACUGCUUCUGUGAUAUUAACUUUACCAGCCCUGCAGGAGUAUACAACAGUGAAUUAAUAAGUUAUCUGUUACAAAUGGAUACAAGUGAUCGAGCCUUACAACUGGCAGUUUUAGUUAAAUAUUGGUCCAAAGUUAACAAGUUCACUGGAACGAACUUACUGGCCAGUUAUGCUCUAACCCUCAUGGUCAUAUUCUAUUUACAAUUAAUGAAUAUGCUACCGUCUAUUUAUGAUUUACAGAAAGUAGUGCCUCCAGGCUCCUGUAUGGUAAAUAACUGGAAUACAGGAUUUGACAGAAGUGUGUCCUAUAAUCGAAUUAAUGACUCUCUCUAUGAUCUCUUAGGAGGAUUUUUUAAGUGUUAUGCCAGUAUGAAUUUUGAUGAAACCAUAAUUUCACCUUAUAUGGGACGUUUACUAAGUAGGAAAACAUUCAAAAAUUUUAAUGAAAUUCCCCCAGAAUUUGCAUUGUACAAAUACAAUAUAUCACACAACUUAUGCAAGAAACCUUUGAAUGUUGAUGGGCCAUUAUGUGUCCAAGACCCAUUUGAGCAUGCCAGAAAUUGUGCAGGUGCCGUUCAUCCUAGACUUGGUGAGAAGAUAAAGUCUCAUUUUCGAUUCGCCGCUAUGAAGUUUGAUGAGCUUCCUCCUCAACGUUUUCUCCAAGCAAUCUUCACCGAGGAUCAAACCCAGAUAGUUCCAAGACUUAAAAAACGUUCGAAGCAUGUGUUCGUUAACAAAGUGACGAAGCAAAAGAACAAUGCUCCUCAAAAAACUGCUCCACAGAAAAAUGCUCUUCGGAGAAUUGUUUCCCAGAAGAAUCAUGGUGUAACGAGCAACCUAAAUUUAAUUGGAUGCUAUGAAAUGAUUAGGAAUAGUAAAAAAUAA